AUGGAGACCAGAGAGGACAAAUCAUCACAGCACAACCUCAUGGAAGAAGCCGUUUUGAGUGACUCCAGGGCACAGGACUCCAGCUGGGAGGUAAAGCCCGCGAGAUCCCACAGGAGGAGGAGCUCCAAACCCAGCCCAGGGUGCUCUGAGGAGGAAAGACCCAUCCUGUGCCAGGAAGGUGGACAGAGCUUCAGCCAGAGCUCAGAGCUGGUGGUCCAUGAGCAGCUUCAUGAUGGGGAGAAGCCCUACAAGUGCUUGGAGUGUGGGAAGAGCUUCAGGCGGAGCAGCAAUCUGAUCCGCCCCCAGAUGAUCCCCGCUGGGGAAUGGGCCUACGGGUGUGGGGAAUGUGGGAAGGGCUUCAGCUGCAGCUCAGAACUCGUCAGGCACCAACGCAUCCACACUGGGGAGAGGCCCUACAAGUGUCCCCAGUGUCAGAAGGGGUUUCGCACCAGCUCCAAUCUCCUCAUGCAUGAGCGGAUUCACACGGAUGAGAGGCCCUUCCACUGCCCCGAGUGCAGGAAGGGGUUCAAGCACAACUUCACCCUCGUCACCCACCGGCGCAUCCACACUGGGGAGAGACCCUAUGAGUGUCCCCAGUGUGGGAAGGGCUUCACCCAGAGAUCUCACUUGACCCAACACCAAUGGAAGCACUAG